AUGAUUUGUUUUAAUUAUUGUUCUAGCGAAAUGGCCCACAAACAAGUCUACAUAGUUCCUCGCCAGUGGCUGGGAUGUGAUAAGUUAGAGUGCAUUCUGUACAACGAAAUGAGGUUUUACUACCGUAAAUAUGGAAAAUGUGAAGGCCUUGUACUUAGACGCACAGGAGUAAAGGCUUACUUCGAGCAUUACUCUGGCUACCUCUGGGCCCGAAUGGAUUCUGAUUGGGCAACAAUACCAGAUAAAAAAACCUACUUUGCUGUCUUUGUUCCUUGUGUCUACUGUUCCUAG